UUUAACUGUGAUUACUCACAUGUAUCUACAUACAUCGCAAAAAGAAAACGCGUCUCCUCUUGUGCAGUCGAUAUGAGUGAUAACAGUACGAAUAGCACUGUGAUAGAAAACUGGCACUACGAUAGAAAAGCAGUUGUUUAUGUUGUAUGCUUUUUUAGUAUAUCAGGAACAAUCAUCAAUUUUCUGACUAUAUUUGUUAUUUUGUCACGUAAGAAACUUCGUCGACCGGCAAAUUAUUCCAUCGUAAGUUUUCUGUUUGGUGCAUUGAUACAAGCUAUAAUUGUGGCGCCAUUAUUCAUAACAGAAACUAUAACCCAUUCGCAUCCUAAUAAAGUGCCAUGGCUAUGCGAUAUUUACAGAUUUCCGUACUUUCUAUGUGGACACAUCAUGCAAGUUAGUUUGCUUUUGGUUAGUUUUGAUCGAUUGUUCGCUAUCAAGUAUCCAUAUCGGUACCGGCAAAUUUCGACAAAACGGAUAAUUAUUGGUGUUAUAGUAUGUGCUUGGUGCACCAUAAUCUUUACUGAUCUAAUGCCUUUAACAUUUUUUGACAGAGAACCUGACAAUGAUGGUUGUAACUAUACAUUAGAAGACACAUGGGGCAUAACUGUUUUAUUGUUCUUCAAUAUUCUUCCCUUUCUUAUAACUUCCUUUAACUAUUUCACGCUAUGGAAGUUAGCCGCGUCUAUGGCACUAAAAGAUUUCCGUCAACAAGAAAGUUUGCAUAGUGAAAGUGGAAGUUUUAAAGAUAAAAGUGAUCGAGACGGACAAAUCGACAUAACUAACCAAGACAAAGAUCGAAAAAUGUUUUCAAAAUUUAAAACAUUUCGUUUAGCUAUGGAAAUUAAAGCAACAAAGACUUCAGGGUUUUUAUUGAUUGUUUAUCUCAUUUGCUGGGGGCCGUUAGGUAUAUUCUACAUAAUUGAUCAAUUUUGUUCGCAUUGCAUGACAAGAUGUCACGUGACGUUGACAGGAGUGGCCGUCAACGUGAUUUGUUUUUCGUCAAGUUCCCUUAUACCGUUAGUUUAUUGUUGGAGGACAAAAGAAUUUCAAAAGGAACUGGUUCGCUUUUGUUGUCAAAUAAGGGAGGUUCGGAUACCGAUCUGGUCACAGCGUUCAGAAAGAAUGAAUUAAUAACAUUUUACACAACAUAAUAAUACAGCUUAUUGUUCAAAUCUGCCACAGAACCUCUUUAAAAAUGUGUUGUCUCGAGAAAUUAUUUUUAGGUAUUAGUGGCAAAUGAGUUUUAUUAAUAAGACAUUUCGUUUUUAGAGAAAACACUUUAUGAUAACGUGCUUGAAUUAAUUUAGAAAAGUUUAAUACUUUGAAUAUGGUUUAUUCCACAAAUAGUCAAAACAGCGACCAAAACACCUCCUGAUGACGUCAACAUGCUCAAAAUAUAUAAUCUAAAAAGUAACUAAUGAAUUUUUUAAACAUAUAAAAGUUAACAGAUAUUAAAAAUAGAAUGUUAUAAUACAAAUAUAUAUUACUAUAUUUCACCUGCUUUUUGAGUUGAGCGAAAAGAACUGGUGUGAGAUAUUUCUUGAAUAAAAAACUUGAAUAUAACAUUUUGA